CGUGGGAAAAAAAGAAACAUGGAACUCCUGUUGUGUGUUUUGCCGUUGGUGUACGCCAAACUACUGGCUAAUCGUUCGGAUACGAUGAUACUGAUCGGUCAAAAGAUACUGAAAUUUCUCCUGUUUCUGAUAUCGUGUUUGGUAACGCCAUUUCUGAUGCUGCAAUUCUUCAAGAAACGGAAACGCCUGCCGCCCAUAAAAAGUCCAUUGUUGCUGCUUUCAGCGAGCGAAAUUGCGCGGAGAAUUCGUAGGAAAGAGAUCAGCAGCGAAGAGGUGAUCAGAGCCUACAUAGAGAGAUGCGAGGACGUGAAUCCCGUAUUGAACGCUAUCGUCGAGUCGAGAUUCGACGCAGCUAUUCAAGAGGCACGCAAAGUGGACGAGUUUUUAGCAUGGACCACAAAAACCGAGGAUGAACUGGCCCAAGAAAUGCCUCUUCUUGGUGUACCUAUCACUGUGAAGGAGAGCAUUGCUGUUCAAGGAAUGUCUCACUCGGUUGGCGUGAAGAAAAACAGUGCACAGAAAGCAACGCAGGAUGCAGUAGUCGUGAAAUUCGUGCGCGAAGCAGGCGCUAUUGUUCUUCUCGUUAGCAAUACUCCGGAAUUAUGCUUGUUCUGGGAGAGCAACAACAAAGUGACUGGUCCCACAUGGAAUCCUUACAACAGCACCAGAGUGGCUGGUGGUUCUUCCGGUGGAGAGGCCGCACUUUUGAGCUCCGCAGCGUCAGUCGUGAGCCUUGUAUCGGAUAUCGCGGGUUCAGCCAGGCUUCCGGCCAUGUUCUGCGGAGUUUUUGGUCACAAACCCUCACCCUGUAUGGUGCCUUGCAAAGGUCACAAACCGGAUUCCACGGACAAAAACUGGCCUCAGUAUUUCACCAUAGGAACUAUGGUCAGGUACGCGGAUGAUUUCUCGCUUAUGAUGAAGAUCAUAUCUCAAGCAGACGAAAAUCGACGACAAUUCGACGAGAAGGUGUCUAUGAAGAAUAUGAAGUUCUUCUACAUGGAAGACUGCUGCGGAAUCACGAAUUCCAUAAACAAAGAUAUGAGACAGGCGAUUCAGAGAUUGAGGACGCACAUCGAAACGACGCACGGAUUGAAAGUUCAAAAGGCGCAACUGAACGACAUGAAAUUCGCAUUCAACAUAUCUUCGCAUCUUCUUCUGCAUAUGGACGUCGAAGGCGUCAUGGAAGAAAUGAAAUUUGCUGGAUCGAGUAGAAGUCUGCUAGAGGUACUGAAGUAUAUUUUCCUAGUAUCGUCUCACACCUUGCCAGCAAUCUCGUAUAGUUUCAUGAAAUGGGCGUUCAGCAAGCUACCAGAGAGCUAUCGUCGCAAAAUGGCAGAGAAGAAGAUGUCUUUGAAGAAACAGUUCGAGGAUCUUCUUGGUGAUAACGGUGUAUUAAUAUUUCCGACGUUUAUAUCGGCGAGCCAUUAUCAGUACCAGUCAUACCCAAGGGUAGCUAAUUUUACCUAUAUGAUGAUUUAUAACGUGCUUGGAAUUCCUGUCACUCAGUGUCCAAUAGGACUGAACAAGAAGGGCUUGCCUGUUGGCUUACAAAUCGUUGCAAACGCCGGAAACGAUCAUCUGACAAUUGCCGUGGCUCAGGAGAUCGAAAGAGCAUUUGGAGGCUGGCAACAGCCGCCUGAAACCACCGAAAUAGAAGUUUGACCUUUCUUGUCGAGUCGCGAAAUAGAAAUUCAAAUAACAAUUCGUAUCCAGUAAUGAGCAUUCUCAAACGUAUCGCGAAAGAAAUGAGAAAAUCACGCUACACGUGUCGUGGUUGUUGUUUGAUGCUCUAUGAGCACUUUCUCCAAAAAGUGGAACUGGACAAAGGAUGAAAAGCGACGAAGAAUGUUGCACGCGUAGAAGUGUAAGUGGUUCCGUGAAAGAUGCUGGAAAUCGAACGUGAGAUACUCUGUUCGAUCGAUCAAUGAAAAGUUUGGCU